CUGUUCCAUUCAGCUGUGAGAUUAUCCAGUUCACUCAGUGUACUUCGUGACUGAGCAGAGAGUGGAACAGACCUCUGAGGUCCUAAACAGAAGGAAGAUGAAUGACAACACACAGGAUGAGGAGGUGCUUCAGCACAUUGAGAGGGAGGUACGGAUGCGUGAAGGAACCUGUAAGCUACUGGCAGCUUGCUCCCAGAGGGAGCAGGCCCUGGAGGCCUCCAAGAGCCUUCUAACCUGCAAUGCCCGCAUUCUGGCCUUGCUCAGCCAACUACAGAGGAUGAGGAAAGUGCAAAUCCUGCAGAGUGUGGGACGCAGGGCAUCUGAAGAUCUGGUGCCAUGUACAGGGAAAGUAGCACUUUCGGACCUGCGAAUCCCUCUCAUGUGGAAAGACUCAGAGUACUUCAAAAACAAAGGAGAGCUGCAUCGCUGUGCUGUGUUCUGCCUGAUUCAGUGCGGCACACAGAUCCAUGACACUGACCUGGUGAUGGUAGACAGGACGUUAACUGACAUCUGUUUUGAAGACACUGUCAUAUUCAGCGAGGUAAGUCCAGGGUUUCAGCUUCGUGUUGAGCUGUACAGCAGUUGCGUGGUCGAAGAUUUUUCCCCGGGGGCGAUAGGAUCCUGGAGAGUGAGCCGUCUGGGGGGCUCUUUGGGAUGCUCCUCUGGGAAAAAGAUCCGUGCCGCAUUUGAGUCCGCAGCUGUUUGCGCAUCCAUUUCCAGCGGAGGAGAUGCAAGACCUGGAAGUGUGCCACCACCAUUAUCACCCGACCUGCUGACACUGGGCCCUAAGUACAACCUUUUGGCUCACACAACUCUGAGAAUUGAACACGUCCGGGAAGGUUUCAAGACACAUGAUUUGUCACUUUCAGCAACAGAGGAUAGUCCAUUCUGGCUGCCCUUGUAUGGAAGUAUGUGCUGUCGCUUAGUUGCUCAGCCUCUGUGCAUGAUUCAGCCAGUGAUAAGUGGCCAAAUCAAAGUCAAGCUUGAAGAGGACUUUAAUUAUUCAGAAAGUGUCUAUGGCGUCCUCAAGAGGCAAACUCUUCUCUGUUAUCAAAGUCAAGAAGACCUGGCGUCUGAGGACAAUCCGAUGCUUGUAAUUCCAAUCAGAAAGGAUACCCUUAUCUGUAUGCCGGAGAGCGAUCCUGCCCAUUGCCAGAAUAUAUAUAUCAAUACAGAACGUCAAGGGGAGGAUGUAACUUAUGUGCUCACCACACACACACCGGAAGACACGCAGCGCUGGAGGAUGGCCCUCUGUCAGCAUGUCUAUAACAUGAGCCAUUGGAAACAGUGUUGUGAUAACCUCAUGAGGAUAGAAAUGCCGAGCUCCAGGAGAUCAGCCACAGUGAAGCAAGGAUCUCUAUACCAUGAAAUAGCAACACCCUCGUCCCCCAGAAAGCACACUGUGGUUCCAGAUUUAUCUACUGAUGUCCAAACUUUGCUCUCUACUUACUACAAGGAGAGUUAUUGAUGACCCUGCCAAGGCUAUACUGGGAAAGGGUGAAACACUCCUAAGCUGCCUGUUUCUGGUUACCUUGCCUGGUCAAGGAGUUGGAGAAGGACAUGAUACAUGGUGGUCUUUCAUGAUUUGUAGGUUCACCAGAAUUAGUCUACUGUUCCUCCUACUCCUGAAUGAACCAGCCAACCACAAAAAACUACAAAUUAGUAGAGUAGAACUUCUGUUAAAUUAAAGACUAUAUAAGUAGCAAUAGGAUUAACUAGCAACUAACAAAUACAAUUUUGAGCAUAUAAUGAGAUUCUGUUUAGAAAGUAAGCUCUAAGGUUGUUUCAUUUACCCUCACCCCUUAUCUUUAGCUACUGCAGCCACCUGCUAGGAUAAAAUAACAUCUUGCUAAAUGUGAGUCUCAAAUGCGGCAACAUGUCCAAGUGCCACCUAAAUCUGGUCAACCUGAAUUGAGGUAUUUAAUAUUUUGUGCUGUUUUUAUUGUUAUAUAGCAACAAAUACUUUCAGUUGUGCUAACCAUCAACUGUAGCAGUAUACUGAAAAAACAGAAGCAGUCUGGCACAUUUCUGCUGAGUGACUCACUCCAAUUACUCAAGGAGGAAAAGCUUCUUACUGUAAAUUGACAGCACUCCUUGUAUUGUCUACAGAUAGAAUCAUUGAUGGUAUUCUUGUUGUGGCCACACCUCUUAGAAACCUAUAAAACUCUGCACUUCCAGAUACCAUCCCGUGGAGCAAGAGUGCCUUACUGUUCCAGCGUACAUGUAAAAAUGUAAAGACUGAUCUGUCUGGAUAUACCAAGGAUGCAACAAACUCUGUUCUCAUAAAAAAGAUCAGACAUUGGUCUUCUUCAUGAGACCUGGAUGAACAAGUUUGAAAUGAUUUGGGGUUUUCUUUAAUCCACACAAGGUCAAACGUACAGUACACCCACGCAGAUAUUUGGUUAAACGUCCCUUAGCAAGUUGCACCUCAGCCAGGUGCUUUUUGUAGCCAGCGAUAAGCUUCACAGAUGAAGUGCAGAACUUUUCAGAUCACUUAGUUUAGUGGUAGCUUGGCAUUUUUAAGUUUCGUUAUUUUAAUUGAUGUUAAAAAAAAUUGUAUGUUAUACGUGUGCGCAUUUGAGGAUGCAGAGUACAAUGCCUGUCUGCAUUCUCCUUUUUAAAUAGAUCAUGUGUAGCACACAAUUAGUAAUUGCUUCCUGGGGUGGUGCAUGUGCUCCUGUCAACAGAUUUUAAUGUACCAGAAGAAAACAUUUAUAUGUUGUUACAUAAUAAUUUUAAGUUUAACCACCCAUGCAGAGGGCACUGGUUAAGCAAUACUUCACUGUGCAGUGGCAGAUGAAAUUCCUGUCUAAACAUGCUGCAUGUCUCCCAAACAUGCGUCCUUUUCAAGAUUUUUGAAAUAUCACAAAGUUAAAAGUGAUAAAGAGGUGAUCAAAAACAAACCCAGGAAACAGGAGGAUCAACUUUGAACCCAAUGGCUUAGUCAGUAUUGUUCCAACUGUCAAUGGUUUAAAGCAUUGUUCAAAUGAGAAAAAAAAAAUGGAACCAUAUUAAUGUCGUUGUUCUUUUGUGAUUUUAAUUGGCAGUUUGCAUACAAUA